AUGAAAAAAAAACAAAAGACACCAACAUCAUUUUUUCCUUCUUUUUUUUUCUCCCUCUUCUCCGAUUUUAGAGCCGUGUCGAUGAACAUGAGUCUAUUCUAUUCUAUUGAGCGACAGGACCUUGCCGCGAUGCAGCAGGUUUUUUCACCGACGAAUGUGAAUUCACUGAAUUCCAAUGGGUACACCCCGCUAUAUUAUGCAUCAAUGAAGAGGGAGGUGGGUUGCCCCACUGUCAAGAAAUUGUUGAAUCUUGGUGCCGAAGUUGAUUUGAAGGGCCCGGAUCGUGAAACUCCGCUCUAUAUUGCGUGCUUCAACGGCAAAAUUGAUGUUGUGCUGUUACUCCUUGAGUAUGGUGCCAAUGUGGACGCAAAAAACGGAAAUAAUGAUGAAACAGCUCUUCACGUGGCUGCUCGCACGGGCAAUUGUGCCAUCAUUGACAUUCUUUUGAGAAGUGGUGCAAAUCUGAAUGCCAAGAAUGUCAGAAAUGAAACUCCUCUGUAUAUGGCAGCAAAAGCCGGUCUUCACGAUGCCGUGUAUCAACUUUUGAAGGCCGGUGCCGACCAAAAUGUAUGUGACAUUGACGGCAAAAACCCUCUGUAUGUUGCCUCAGAGAGAGGACUGAAGCAUGUGGUUGUCCUGUUAAAGAGCAAACUUGAAGAUAUUGUUAUUGCAAAAGCAAGGGCUGAUGAAGAACUGCGUUUACGUCCUCCUCCAAUCAAAUCUACUGAGUCGAUUCUUGAAGAGGCAGAAGAAACUGUUGCGGCCGGUCGACCUAACAGGCUUGAUUAUCUUUUGCCAGAGCCAGUCAAGGAGUCGAAACCGCUUGAGAUCGUUGAAAUUAUUGUACCCCAUCCAAAAUCCGGCUCGUGCGAUCCUCUUGCGGUAAUAUCAAAUGGCCCGUGUCGUUCGCUUGAGGAGGUCGGAUAUGAUGAGCCUCCCGCGAUACCAACAUCUUUGAAGGACCGUCCUCCAGUGAAACCGGAACGUAUUGGAGGCACGUCGAUGCGCAUUGGCACUGGUGUUGAGACGGUUGGUACAGAGCCUCCGAGGAUAGGCUGCUUCCCUGGUGACACCAUGGAGUUUUCCGUGCCCAUAAAGUUGUAG